AUGAUGUUGACUCUGAUGCCCUUUUGUAAACAUCGAGAAAAAUUUAAGUUGAAUGGGUUGUAUAAAGAUGGAAAUAUUAUUUUUGGAGGACUAUUUGAAACACAUCUAACGCUAAUAUAUCCUGAACUGUCAUUCACAUCAAAACCAAACGUGCUUAAAUGUGGGAGGUUUUAUUUUGCAGCAUUUCAGUGGGCACAGAGCAUGGCUUUUGCUAUUGAGGAAAUCAACAGAGACCCUGCUCUUCUCCCCAACAUCACACUGGGAUACAGGCUGUAUGACAACUGUGUGAACCUGGCAGUGGCUCUGAGAGUAGCAACAGCUCUGAUCAGCGGAGAGGAGGACUCCUUUACUGACUACAGCUGUACAGGGACUCCCCCUGUCUUAGCCAUUGUUGGAGAUCCUGGUUCUACACAUUCUAUUGCCAUAUCAAGAAUGCUGGGCCUCUUCCGGAGUCCAAUGGUCAGCUAUUAUGCUACUUGCUCUUGCCUCAGCAACAGAAAGGAGUUCCCUUCGUUCUUCAGGACAAUUCCAAGUGAUGCCUUUCAAGUCAAAGCCAUGGUUCAAAUCCUCAGGCACUAUGGAUGGACCUGGGUUGGUGUCAUAGCAAGUGAUGAUGACUACGGUCAGAGUGCUGUCAAGAGCUUUAUUGAGGAGGUAAACAAGUUUGGAUGUAUAGCUUUCUCAGAAACCCUCCCCAGUGUCAAUCCAAGAAUGAGAAUACAUCAGAUCAUCAACACUAUUAAGCAGUCAACAGCAAGAGUUAUUGUUGUCUUUUCAACAGAAGCCUAUUUUAUUCCUUUGGCUGAAGAGAUUGAUCAGCAAAAAGUUAUAGAAAGGCAGUGGAUCGCCAGCGAAGCCUGGACAACCUCAACAAUAAUAGUCAAGGAGGAAAACUUCCACUCAUUUGGAGGGACAAUAGGAAUUGCAAUCCGCAGGGGAGAAAUCCCAGGACUGGAGAAAUUUCUCCUUCAGGUUCGCCCUCUUUUCCAUUCCAGUAAUAAUUUAGUCAAGCAAUUUUGGGAAGAAAUGUUUGACUGCACAUUCCAGAAGACAUCAAAUAAUUAUAAUUUCUCAUCUCAAAUGAGGAACAAAAUCUGUACGGCAUCAGAAAAUAUUAAAGACAUACAAAGUGCUUACAGUGAUGUGUCAGAACUGCGGGCUUCCUACAACGUGUAUAAAGCAGUGUACGCCUUGGCACACUCCCUGCACAACCUGAUGUCCUGUGAGCCUGGAAAAGGGCCCUUUCAGAAUAACUCCUGUGCAGACAUCACAACUGUGCAGCCCUGGCAGCUGCUGCACUACCUGGCGAGAGUGAACUUCACUACUCACUAUGGAGACAGGGUGUCCUUCGAUGAGAACGGAGAUGCUCUUGCAAUCUAUGAUGUGAUCAACUGGCAGAAAAAUGAUGACGGGUCUGUGAAAACAGUAACAAUCGGUCUGUUUGAUGAAUCAGCUCCUGCUGGACAAGAGCUCACUCUGAAUGAGGACAAAAUCUUCUGGAACUUUGAA